AUGAACGUGUUUAGUUUAGGUCCUUUUUAUCGAGUUGUAGGCCUGAUCAAAGGAAUUUUGAGUUUUCUAUGUCGCAUUUUGUUUAGAAAAAAGAAAAUUGCAGAAAAAUGUGACGAAGAUAAGCCGAUAGAAAUCAUUUCAGUUGGAACAAACAGCAAAAACAAAGACUAUGGCAACUUCGGGUCUAAUAAUGAGGCUGGAGGGAAUAGUGUUCUUGUGGACUGGAGUGACUGGAAAGAGCCUACCAGUGCAGAAGAUACUAAAGAAAAUUUAGACAGUAUGAAUCUAUUUGAAGAUAUGGAACCAAAAUUAACACGGCCAAGAAUGCUCAAAGUUUCACCUAGUAAUCCUCCAGAUCAGAAAGCCAUGUUAUCCUCUAAUCGUUUGCAAGUCAGUGGAACAAGUUUUGAAGUUCAGUCUGAGCUUGGCACGUGGGUUGAAAAUUCCUCGGGUUGGGACGAAGAAGUACUGGAUGAUCUCUCUGAAGAAGCAGCAAAUAUUCUUAAAGAAAAGAAGAAAAUGGAAAGACAAAGAAGAACUAUUGAGCAAAAGAAGAGAAAUGAGGAGCUGCGAGCCAUGCGGGCCGACCGUAAGAAUGCGCCACACCUCGGAAUGAAAGUAAAUUGA